GCGGAGUUUCCUCCCUCCCUCCCCUCUGAUCUCGGCUGAUCAGAGUUCACCUCAACAGAGCGAAGAAGACACUGAACGCCUCGUCUGACUGAGACAUUGGAGGACAUCGAUCCAUCUUUGAUAACUCCUCCCACCUCCGGCGCGACGGUAACCAUGGCGACCAGGAAGGCCGAGGUGCAGCGGAGGAUCGUGUCCAAGGACGGCCACAACAACGUGCGCAUCGACAACGUGGAGGGCAUGGUGAAGCUGUACCUGCACGACAUCUGGACCACCGUGGUGGACAUGAAGUGGCGCUACAAGCUCACGCUGUUCGCCUCCACCUUCGUCAUGACGUGGUUCAUCUUCGGCGUGGUCUUCUACUUCAUCGGCAUGGGCAACGGGGACUUCGAGCCCGGCGCCGCCGCCAACCGCACGGCCUGCGUGGUGAACGUGGAGACCCUCACCGGGGCCUUCCUGUUCUCCCUGGAGUCCCAGACCACCAUCGGCUACGGCUUCCGCUACAUCUCCGAGGAGUGCCCGCUGGCCAUCUUCACGCUGGUGGCGCAGCUCGUCAUCACCGGCCUGGCGGAGAUCUUCGUCACCGGCGCCUUCCUGGCCAAGCUGGCCCGCCCCAAGAAGCGGGCGGAGACCAUCAAGUUCAGCCAGUCGGCGGUGGUCUGCCGGCGGCGCGGCGCGCUGUGCCUGAUGGUGCGGGUGGCCAACAUGAGGAAGAGCCUGCUGAUCCAGUGCCAGCUGACGGGGAAGCUGCUGCACUCCAACGUGACGGAGGAGGGCGAGAAGACGCAGAUCCACCAGAGCUCCGUGGACUUCUUCAUGGACUCCAGCGGCGAGUGCCCGUUCCUCAUCCUGCCGCUCGCCUUCUACCACGUGCUGGACGAGCGCAGCCCGCUGGCCGGCCUCAACGCCGAGAACCUGCUCACGCGCGACUUCGAGCUGCUGGUGACGCUCAACGCCACCAUGGAGUCCACCGCCGCCACGUGCCAGAGCCGCACCUCCUACGUGCCCCAGGAGAUCCUGUGGGGCUACGAGCUGAAGCCGGUGCUCUUCAGCACCACCGGGGGGCGCUACGUGGCCGACUUCAACUUCUUCGACAAGGUGCAGGCGAGCAACGACGCCGCCUUCCUGAGCGGCGCCGCGGAGAAGCUGAAGCUGGAGGAGGACUUCAAGAAGGAGUAGAGGAG